AUGAUGGCGGAGGAAGAAAAGGAUGGUGAAGUAAACAGUCCAGAAAAUGAAGCAUUAUUUUACUUCGAAGAAGCAUUAAAAUUUGAAAUGAAGUCAAGCACUCCAAAUCAAAGCAAAAUUGGUACUCUUUAUAAGAAUAUUGGCUUGAUCUACAGGAAACAAAAGAUUACCAGACGUUUGGGCGCAACGACAUUUGGGCGCAUGUAG